AUGGACAGGCUUUGUGAGGAUGUAAUAACCCAAAUUCUUUUAUGCUUGCCGACCAAAUCUGUUGUCCGAUUUAGAUGUUUGAGCAAGUAUUACAAUCAACUUGUGUCUGAUCCUAGGUUUGCUACCAAUCAUGCUCUUCUAUCAAUUCCUGAGGUACAUGGUUUUUUCGACUUCUCGGUUCUGGAUUCUAACAAUGUUGUCUACUGUUCUGUUUCAAGACUAAAAAAACCUAAAUCCAAGAAUUCCAAAGGGAUUACAGAGCUACCUCCUGCAUUGUCUUUUUGCAGUAGACGUCUUCUUCAUAUUCUCGCUGAAUUCCAUCUUUCUAUUUAUAACCCAAUUUUCAUUAGGGUUGCUACAGCACCAAAAAAGUUUUCUGUUACCCCAGAUGACAAAUGGAAUCUGGGUGUGGCUGAUAAUCCAAUUUGCUCAAAGAUUGUCCGUGUUUAUAGAGCUCGAAUCUUGGAUUCUGGAGAAGAGAUUUAUCGUUUUCGGAUACAAAACUGGGGUGCAAUCGAGUGUAGGACUUCCAAGUUCCUACUGACAUGUGCGGCUGGUCGAUUCUGUAAGCCAAAGCAUCCAGCAGUGUACUUGGAUAAAUGUCUGUAUUGGGUUAGGCAGUGCGGUGACAUUAUUGUAUUUGAUGUGGAAAAAGAAGCUGCUAAAACCAUUGUUAUGCCUUCAGAAUUGAAAGAGCAAUGGGCUCAAAACCAGGAAUCUUCAUGGUUUGGAGCUGCAAAAGGUUCGAUCAACAUGGUAUUUGUUUUAUGUGGAGAAAUUGUGUUGUGGGCUCUUCAUGAUUACGAAAACAACAACUGGGGCUGUGUCAGGAGCAAGAUUGGAGAUCUAAGUAGUCCUCUUUAUCCUAUUUUCUUCGAUGGCAAUCAGCUUGUCUUGGAAUCUAAGCUGAAUGAAGGAGAGCUGCAUAUGUACAAUAUGAAGCAAGAGAAGUGGAAGAAAAUUGGCAUUUCACCAGGUAUAAUUGAUGGUAGCGACCAACAACACCAAUCAAAAGCAUCUCUUCAAAUGCUAAUGCCAUGGAUUGUGCAUUUCAAAACUUUAACAUCAUCAAGUACAACUAAGUGA